ACAAACCCCCCUCUAGAGUAUCACGUUGGGUGGGUGAUGGAUUCCAGGGACCAUGGGCCAAGACCACCCUCUGUCAGCAGUUCAAAUGCUUCAUCUUCAGAAGGUGUACCACUCACAGGAAGCUGCAGCUACACACCUCAUUCAUUCCCAAAGUUCCAGCAUCCUUCUCAUGAACUGCUGAAGGAAAAUGGCUUCACCCAACAAGUGUACCACAAAUAUCGUCGAAGGUGCUUAAGUGAGAGAAAACGCUUGGGAAUUGGACAGUCACAGGAAAUGAAUACCCUCUUUCGUUUCUGGUCCUUCUUCCUCAGAGACCACUUUAAUAGGAAAAUGUACGAGGAAUUUAGACAACUUGCUUGGGAAGAUGCAAAAGAGAAUUACAGGUAUGGGUUAGAAUGUCUGUUCAGGUUUUAUAGUUAUGGACUGGAAAAAAAAUUCAGACAAGAAAUUUUUAAGGAUUUUCAAGAAGAAACCAAAAAAGACUACGAAUCUGGCCAACUAUAUGGACUGGAAAAAUUUUGGGCCUAUCUGAAAUAUUCUCAAUCUAAGACCCAGUCUGUCGACCCAAAACUUCAGGAAUACCUCUGCAGUUUUAAGAAGUUAGAAGAUUUCCGUGUUGAUCCACCUACUAGUGAAGAAUUUGGAAGAAAAAGCCAUUCAUCUACUUCUGGGGAGGAGAGUAUUCACCAUACACUUCCAUCUCACCCUUUGACGCCACCUCCAAGUGCUGCUGAGCCUGCAUCUGCCAGGAAACAUCAGUCCCAACCAGUAUGCCCAGGAGAAAUCCUCAGGAGCCCAGUGACAACUCACAGUGACAGUGCUGCCGUGGCCUCUAGGGGUGAAGUACCAGGGAAGUAGAUGCUGACACAAAAGUUGUGUGUUCUUGAAAUCAACGUUGGCUUCAAUGUGUAUGUGGAUAGAUCUUCUGAUGUUUAAUUGUGAUAAUCAGAAAAACAGAAAGGAAGAAAAGUUGUAGUCUUUUUCUUUUUCUAGCAAGAUGAAUUCCAUGUUUUCACUGAUUCCACAAACAAAGUCUGGUUGCCCUUAGGAGGGCCUGUGGGAUCUUUGCCAUCAGGUUUUCUUGACGUUUAUAAGAACAAAAUUCCUUUAUGUUUAAACACACACACACACACACACACACACACACACACACACACACACACACACGGAAUACCUGACAUUUCAGCUCAUCCCUCUUACAGGAGAUACAGUGUGUUGUAUUCAUCUCUUCUGUAGAACUCUCAGAGAGUCAGUGGUCUCCCUGUCAAUCUAUGUUUGAACAUGUAAAAAAAAGCAAGGGAGGAUUAUGUAUAUAGGUAUUAAAUUCAGAAAUGGAUAUGAAACAUAAAUUUUUUCUUGACUAUACAUAAUUUGAAGGAA